UGGCACUAGGCACAGGUACUAAUCGAAUUUUCCCUAAAUAUUUUUGUUCGUUUCGUCAACCAGCCUUAACUGACGUCCUGACUGUGGAACUUGUUCUAUCCGACAAUCCCUGUAUCAGCCCCUUCAGAUAACCGGCCUAAUAGAGGUUUUCAGAAAGUUUAGUUCUCUCCCUGUCUCAAGUUGAAGAUAUCGAGGCCAUUCGGUGAGUAGGAUGGGAAAAACCACAAGAUCAGCAGAAAUCAGAGAAGCGAAGCCUUAGGAAAGGCUCACUAAUUGCUCGAUGGAAGGACCAGUUCCGCAUCAAGCAUAACGACAUAUCAGCAGAUUUAUCAAUCACCGUUUUACAGAGGUAUCUAUUGCUUAUCAUCAUCACCAUCAUCCUGCUUAUGGGGUCAGCUACAUAAAUCCUGUUUCGCCUUCGCCAUUCCAUCUAUUUGACAGAGGUAUAGGUUUAUUAGAUUUUGAUUUUUGAAGGAUCAAAAUAAUGAUAAAAGGUCAACACAUCAGGCUUAAUGGGUGGCAGCAAGCAGCUGUCGCUCUUGGGUCAGCAUUUGGUGCAUUACUGGACCCAAGAAGGGCAGAUCUAAUAGCUGCUUUGGGGGAAACAACCGGAAAGCCAACUUUCGAGAGAGUUCUAGAACGAAUGAAGAAGAGUCCUGAAGGCAGAGCAGUUCUCUUGGAGCAUCCACGUGUCUUAUCUGCAAAUGUGGGGAAUGCAUGGGACCUUCCAGAAAAUACAUUUGGUGCAGCCUAUGCAAAGUUCAUGGGAUCAAGAAACUUUUCCCCAGACGACCGGCCACCCGUACGCUUCAUGGAGACCGAGGAGCUGGCAUAUGUGGCCAUGCGCGCUCGUGAGGUGCAUGACUUUUGGCAUACCUUAUUUGGCCUCCCUACUAACUUAAUUGGUGAGACUGCUCUUAAGGUUAUAGAGUUUGAGCAGAUGCUCCUACCUAUGUGCCUGCUAUCCGUCAUUGGGGGAACAGCAAGGUUCAAUGAGAAGCAGAGGUCAGUUUUCUACAACCACUACUUCCCAUGGGCAAUACGUGCUGGAAUGCAAUGUACAGAUUUGAUGUGUAUAUACUAUGAGCAGCAUUUCCAUGAGGAUUUGGAGGAUGUUCGGAGGAGAUGGGGGAUAGUUCCUGUUCCUGCACCUCCUACUCCUAAACCAAAUGCACCUUAAUCAGUUAUCUGCCUAUCUCUUUUUUAAGUGUUUAAGUUGUAAUCUGUACCCGGUUGGGCCGGUUCUGUUCCACAACUCUGGACUUUGGGCUUGGUCUGUUAGCCCAAUUGCUCAGUUGUAUAAUCAUUGUUUUUCACAUUUAUUUAACAUCCUAAUCAAGAAAUUAUGGAAACUAAAUCAAUUAAGAGGUA